GACUAUGGGGAGUGUAGUAGCGGCCUGGCACACGGGCCAGGCAGGGGGCGUCGCCUUGCCAGUAAGCCGGGCGGGCGGGCUUAGCGCGGGAGGAAGGCAGGCAGGCAGGCAGGCAGACCGGGCCGUUGGCGUUGCGGAGCGCGGCCAUGUGGCGGAGGCAGGCCAACUUCAGCAUCGGCGGGGCUGGGAGGCCGCGGGCUGCCGCCGCCGCCGCCGCCAUCGGCUUCCCCGAGGCGGAGCCCGGAGCCGAGCCGCCCUUCGACGAUUCUGACUGGCCCGCUGAAUUUCGGGGUACAAAUGGCUCCCAGAAAUUAAUGAACAUCAAGUCCUCGUUUGCCAACCAGCUCCUGCUGGUUUCUCUGCUGGAGCAUCUUUGCCAUGUCUACACUCAAGAUCCGAUGCGUUCGAGACGUUUGUUUCAAUUACUCUGUAAAACAUUUACUCAGAUGGGCUUGCUUUCCGAUUUCGCCGUUUGUGAAGAAUUCAGCAGUUUGCGACUGCAGCAUAAUCGAGCCAUUACUGAACUAAUGAAAGCAGCCAACAAGCAAAUAGACAAUGAGGAAGUUGGUCCUGGUAAUUCCUACACAAACAGGGAGAACGAAAUCCUCUUCGAAGCGCAGACAUCCCGUUAUGUUAACGAAUUUGAUGAGAUUUCACGGCUUGGGAAAGGAGGGUAUGGAACAGUAUAUAAGGUCAGAAAUAAACUCGACAGUCAAUUCUACGCGAUUAAAAAAAUCCUGAUUAAGAAAGCCACCAAACGGGACUGCAUGAAGGUCCUACGGGAAGUGAAAGUCUUGGCUCAGCUGCAGCAUCCUCACAUUGUAGGUUACCACACGGCUUGGAUGGAACACGUUCAGCCAGCCGGUCCAAAAGGUGGCUUAGGCUUGGAUCUUCCGUCUCUCAAAAUGUCUUCGGAGCCAGGAAAUUCCGAGGACCAGAGUUGCAUUCAAGAAAUGGAAGACAGCUCCAUUAUCUUCACCAGUCGGAGCCCGGAGGAUUCUCUGGGCAGAAAUUCUAAAGGAAGCGAAGGGACUGCUUGCACACUUCCCCCUGGGACAUAUGGCAGCAAUGGGGGAAAUGACACGAGCCACAAAUUCAGGGACAACGGAAAUCAGUCCUCGGUCCUACGUUGCUGCACUGAAAAUGGGGAUUCUUGCACCGAUGAAGGUGCCCAAAACGAGAGACCUUCUCACCAGCCUUGUGUGGUUGAGUAUCACCUGAUGCUCCAUAUCCAAAUGCAACUGUGCGAAGCCUCUUUGUGUGACUGGAUUGCUAGCAGAAAUGAUUUGUGUCUAAAAGCAACAGAUGCCUCUAAUCCUUAUUAUUAUAUUGAGAAACACUGGACCUUGAAGAUUUUCCAGGAGCUGCUAGAAGGCGUGUACUAUAUCCACAGUAAUGGGAUUAUGCACCGGGACAUUAAACCCCGGAAUAUCUUUCUCCAAGGACCUAACCACCAUGUGAAAAUAGGGGACUUUGGGUUAGCCUGUAGAGAUAUUAUAGAGGAAGAUACCACCCACCUGCUAAGCGCAGAAAAUAAUUAUGCAUUCAUCCAUACGUCUGGAGUAGGCACUUGCUUGUAUGCUUCUCCUGAACAACUCCAAGGCUCUCAUUAUGAUUUCAAGUCGGAUAUGUACAGUUUGGGCGUCAUCCUGUUUGAACUCUUCCAGCCGUUUGGAACGGAAAUGGAGAGAACAGAAGUUCUGAUGGGCUUAAGACGGGGCAGCCUCCCACUCUCUUUUUGUGGGAAGUGGCCUAUACAGGCCAAAUACGUGAAAUUACUGACCAGCGACACAUCCUCACGUAGACCCACAGCCCUUCAGCUGCUGGACAGCGAACUCUUCCAUAAUUCGGCAAAUGUGAUUUGUGCUCUUCAGCAGAAAGUGAUGAAGCAAGAAGAAGAAAUCAAACUGCUUAAAGAAAAAAUUAAGCUGCUGUUAGAAGAGAGGGACGAAAGAGACAGAAUCAAGCCCCUCGGAUCUCCUGUUUAAGUGAACCAAAAGUAUUUGUCGUAUUAACUUUUAAAUUGUCUUAUUUUUUUAACAUAAAAUAUUCCAUGUCUAUAA